AUGUCUAAUGGACUGAACCCCUCAGGAAUUGGUGGCAAAAAGCAAUUGCCAUCAAAAAAAAAACCAGAUUCAGCAUCCCAGCCAGCCAGUGACAAGCCUUCCAGCUCGCUUCUCACCAUUGAAAAUGUGAAAAAACUUCAAGAGAAGAACACUGUUGCUAAAUCGGAUCUUGCCCAUUGGUCAAUAGAAACAUACAUUAAAGGGAGCAAUCGCUUGCUGAAUGCGAGCAGGACCAAUACAGAGGGAAGCAGGGAGCAGACUGUGUCAUAUGAAGAAGAAUCAGGAGUUCCUCAUGAAGGUUGCUCAGAAAACAGUGAUGAAACUUCAGGAAAAGAUUUCCAGAGAAGACCUCUGUCGAUUUCAAUUCCUGAAGCUCAGCCAUCAAAAAAACGGGAAGUUGCUGAUUUGGAGACUCAAACGGAAUGGAGUUAUUCAGACAGUGCUGCGGAUUCAAGCGAGCUACGAAAACCAGUCUUCACUUUCCCAAUCCUCAUAGUUACAGGCAGGAAUGAUAAAAGAGAAGAAGAAGAAGAAGAAAUAUAUGCGACUGAGCUAGAGAGUCAAGAGAACUUUUCUGAUGAGGAGGAAGUAAAGACUCUUCUCCAAGAUAAGGAUCAUUCCACCACUGAUCUGUGCCUCAUCAGGCGCUGUGAGUUUUGUACCACCCCUCUGAAGCCUUUACCAAUGCCAGAAGAACUGGAGGAGAAACCAGAAAAAAUGGAUCAUUUUCUGUGUUGCAGGACAUAUAAAGAAGUUUUCCAGUGUGUAAUACAGGAGCUUAUUGAGAGCCCAGAAGGUGAAAUUGACAUCAAUCCUCAUCCCCGAAUUUCACAAUCAGUGAUGGACAGCAAGACUAAAAAAAUGCUGAUAGAAGAACUACAAGAACGAGGCUUUGAGAAAUACAAGGAGAUAUUUGAGCAAUAUAUUAAAUUUGGUGCAUGCACCAAAAUUCAUUUCAGAUUAUCAGACUAUCCACCCAAACCAGAAAUGACUGUCCUAAAGAAACAGUAUCCAGAUCCCAAAGAGCUCCUGGAGAUUGAUUUGGAGUUCAAAGCAGAACAAUUAAAGUUUUGCCAUCCUUUCAAGCCUGUGCAAAGAUAUUUUCAGAAUGGAAAGAUAUUCUUCCUUCUUUUUCCAGAUGGAACGGGCCAAGUUUAUUACCCAUCAGGUCGUGUUGCUAUCCUCAUUACUUACAUAAGAGAGAUUCAGUUCACGUACAUCGUCCUUAAUGACAGCAAAACCCAUGAACUUCAGGCAUUGUUCACAAAUCAGGGCUAUGCAGCAUACUAUCAACAAAAUCAAAAGCUUAGGUUGAACCUGGACCUUUGCACUGGCUCUUUCUUUGAUAAGCAUGGAAACCAGGAGAAAUACUGGAACUGGUGGGACAACAGGAGCCAUGUUCAUGCCCCUCCUUUCCAGCCCAUCUGUAUUCAACUAAAUGCUUAUAUCCAGGUUAAAAUUAAAGCCCAAGAUCAGAUUUUCCUCACAUUUACGAAGUGCCAUGAUUGUCUGCAACUGAACAUUGGUGCACGGCUAAAAUUGAAAGAUCCAGACAUGCUUUGGGUUCUUCAGCAAUAUGGAACCUCAGACCAGCUAGUAAGUCACUCCAUGCUUGACAAGAUAAGCAACCUCUUGACCAGCAUAAAGGAGCUAUUGAAGAAACUGUGCUCCAGUGCACCUGAAGAAUCUGGAGACCUGCGUCUUCUAUCUCAGCUGUAUGCCAUAAUGCACCGACGAUGCAAAAAGACAAGCUACAAACAAUGCAAAAAGAGAAAUUAAUCUGUUAGGCAGUGGGAAGCAAAUCUUUCUAAUAUUUUAGUAGUAAGGAAACUACUAGGGUAGCUUCAUAUAGAAACCA